GCCUGAGUGCGGUAGCUGCCUGCCUAGCUCUGACCCUUAGACAGGCAGGACCCUCUUGUCAGGCGAAUGGCUUCUUCUCGUCCGCCCUUUACUUAAUGUCAACAAACUGCCAACUACGGAACUGAUGCUCAGUCAACACGUCUCACCUUGCAGACUGUCUCACAAAAUCCCACCCAACCACAGCACACUCACGAACCAAGUCGUCAGUUAUCCGGAUUCCAACGAAUCCAGCGACACGUUGACCACGAAGGCUCUCGGCCUUAUUUCCGAAUUACACUCGCUGUUCAUUGGGCCGGCGAAACAUCUUGGGGCACGCAAGGGGCAAUUUACUGUACCUCUAGUCAGUCAUGGCACCCGCCAAUGUUCUACGGUUUCCCCGGUCAGACAGUGAAGGCGACUUUGUCGUCAUCCAAGUGACGCCCACUCGGUCGAAUGCAUUGGAUGUGAAGUUGGUGGGAACUGAUGGCGUGGAGCCGUAUGCUGUUUCCUUGCGUCAAGAUAAAGUCGCGGCGCUCCGAGUCAAGAACAGUCCCUGCACAGAGAACGAAUGGGUCUCUAUCCUCACCGCCGUGCUGCGACAGGAGCCAACCAACGACAUUGAGGUGCUCGCCGAUGUCGAAAAUGAAACGAUACUCACUUUGACUAUUCGGAAAAGGGGGAAGGAGUUCACGCAACGUCUCGGUUCCAUCGAGUUAAACCACAGCCCACGCGAGCUGAUUGAGCUAUUUGACUGGUGUGGCCUAUCGGCGCAGACAGCCAAUGAGGCCAAGGAGGCUCUAGCUUCUGCGGCUGCCAGAGCAACCCAGCUUGAAGAAUCCGUGCGCGAGCUCAAAGCACAGCUGGACGAGCUAAUGGCGGCCAAGGAGGCCGACGAGUCGGAACUGCUAGAGAAAUUCCGCGACCUAUUGAACGAGAAGAAGGUCAAGAUCAGACAGCAACAGAAACUUUUGGCGUCUGCAUCCGUCGACCCCGCCAAACUAGCGCAGGUACAGAGCUCUCUCCAGGCCGCAGGUAAAGGCCAUGCGGCGGCCAAGUCUAGGCCGGCCAAGAGGAAGGCUGCCCCCGCACCCGGCAAUGACGAUAGCUCUUCUGAUGAAGGCUUCGAGAAGAUGGACGUCGAUCUUGCCAUGGAACCAGCUUCUGGAGGAUCAGACCAAGAGCACGAUACGACCGAGGACGAGGAGGAGACGGCAAGUGAGGACGAUGAGGAAAAUAACCAGACAGCGCCAACGUCUGUCGAGCAGCCAAAGUCUCAUGGUCAUGGGGCUUCACAGUCUAAGGAAAAGGCACCUGCCGCAAAGAAGGAGGCCCCUCCUGUGAAGAGAGAGCUACCUUUUGCUAGAAAGAAGCCAGCUCCGAAGUUAUCACCUCCGCCCGCUGGCAGCGAGACUGAGUCUGAUGACGAGCUUUGAGAUGCU